AUGGCUAGGCAUUUGCGUUUGAGGCAUCGAAAAGAAGUUAAUGAUUUGAUUGGUAUCAGGAUAGAAACUGUAGAUAUCCCAGCUUCUGAGACCAAAGAGUAUUUAGAAGACGUGGAACAGUGUACACCAAAUAAAUCUGAAGAAUCUGAAGAAGGAGGUGAUGAGGACUCAGCCCAAGAAGAAGAGGACUCCGAUUUAGAACAGGUUGAUAGAGGAACUGUGUUGAACAAACCUGAUCCCAGUUUUGAAGAGAAAAUUAAAAAUGUUUGUACUAAACGUAUUUCGGAAAGAAGUAACAGAAGAAGGAGUGUCCUUUGGAAUUUCUAUGAAGAGCUUGGAUCGACUGGACGACGUUGUAAACUUUGCUCCAAGAUAAUGAGUAAAAACAUGGCUAGGCAUUUGCGUUUGAAGCAUCCUAAAGUUUAUCAACAAAUGCAAGGUAGUUUGGAAAAGAGGAAAAAGCCAGCUUACGAGAUACCAAAGUCAUACAAAUGUUGGGUAAAGAAAUACUGCAGCAAAAUUGAUGACGGAAAGUACCAAUGCGAUAUAUGUGAUAAAAUACUAAGUCUACCAAUCGGACGCUUUAGUAAUAUGAAGCGUCACAUUCGUAGCAAACAUCCUUGUGUUUAUGAUCAGGAAGUUAAUGAUUUGAUUGGUAUCAGGAUAGAAACUGUAGAUACCCCAGAUUCUGACACCAAAGAGUAUUUAGAAGAUGUGGAAGAGUUUACAAAUAAAUCGGAAGAAGAAGGUGACGAGAACUCAGCCCAAGAAGAAGCAGACUCCGAAUUAGAACGGGUUGAUAGCGGAACCGUGUUGAAUGAAGCUGAUCCNAAUUUCGAAGAGAAAAUUAAAUAUUUUUGUACUAAACCUGUUUCGGGUAAAAAAAGAGCCUCGAAUCCUAUGUGGAAUUUCUUUGAAACAAUUGAGGAGAAUCAUUUAUAUAUGUGCUUGGGUUGCAACAAACAGUUAUCGAUUUACCCCCAUAAUAUCGCUAAUUUGAAGCGACACAUUAAAAUGAAGCACAAGAAACAGUACGAAUACAUGAUGAAAUAUUUGACAUCGCGCAAAAGUUGUAUUGAAAGCGAAGAAGAAGCACCACUUAGCUUUGACAAAUACUAUUUCAACCUUGAAAGUGAAGGACAGUACAAAUGCAAGAAAUGUUCAGAAGUAAUACAGAGCACCGAAGAAGACCAGUCGUCCUUAUUUAACCACAUCAAAGAUAAUCACCCAGACCAGAUAUUGGCGUAUCAGGAGGAAGAAAAUGCUGAAUACAACAUUGUGAUUCUCAAAAAUGAUGAUGUUACAACGAUUGGACAGUGAAUUUAUGGGUUUUCGGUAAAGGUUUUUGGAUUGAUUACGUUCUUACAAAGGAUGCCUGUGUAGUACUCGUAUAUUAUAUGCGUUAGUGUAUUAAACUAAGUCUUUUCAUAGGUUUAGGUCUUAGGUUGGUCAGAGCAAAGACAAUUUGUUUAAUUAGGGAGUUUCGGAUGGUUCAAACUCACGUCGUGCUUUGCGUAUUCAAACACUUCCUUAAGGAUUUUUAGUAGCAGUAGCGCAUGGGACUUGUAGAGUUAUG